GGGCUAUUUGGCCGAAUUUGAAAGAAAAAAAAAAGUUGAAGCUGAAGAAAAGUUACUUUAUCUAGGUGAAAUCAUAAAAAAAAAAAGUUAAGGUUCAAAAGAAUUUACAGAAAGGGAUUUUUUUUGUCGAAAUUGAAAUAACAAAAGAACAAUAUUUGGAGCUAAAGUUUUCCAAAUACAAGCGACUUUUUCUGGACUUUUGAACUCAUAAAUUUGGAAAAGGAAAAAGAAAUUAGGUUGAGCCAAAGGAGAAGAAUAAGAAAGGAAAAGGCCAGUCCUCUUUCUGUGAAGAAUCAAAUCAAAAUGCAUGCACCAGUUUGGGGUCCUCAGCUAGGAAAUUUGUUCAAUCAUUCAUGCCUAAUAGCAAACAGGUUGCGGGCAUUUUCUUCAUCAGCUUACUCUAACCAGUCUCGCGGUGGCCUUCCUCGCUUCUACUCUGAGAAGCUCCCUCCUUCCAAGGAUGGUGUUGUUCGUGUUAAAGGUGAUGAAUUCUGGCACAUGACCAGGGUUUUAAGGUUGACAGUUCAUGAUAGGGUAGAACUAUUUGACGGAAAAGGAGGAUUAGUUGAAGGUUGUAUACAGAGCGUUGAUCAGACAGGAUUGGACAUUGUGGCUCUCGAGAAUCCAAAGUCAGUAUCUCCUCAUAGCACGCAGUGGCGUAUCUAUGCUGCAUUUGGUACUCUGAAGGGAGGCCGAGCCGAUUGGCUUGUGGAGAAAUGUACGGAGUUAGGAGCCUGCAGUGUGACCCCCUUAUUGACGGAACGGUCUCCUUCCAUAUCAGAAAAUCGCGUGGACAGAUUACAACGUGUCAGUUUUGCUGCAGCUAAACAAUGCCAACGGCUGCAUGAAAUGGUUCUAAAUCCUCCUGCAAAAAUUGGUGCACUUUUACCUCUUGUCAAAAAUUCAAAGCUUGCAUUUAUUGCUGUGGCAGAAGCUAAACCAGUAUUUAGUGCUUUAAGUUCCAUUAAGAAAGAAUCAGCUGGACUGAUGAUAAUUGGACCAGAAGGAGACUUAACAGAAAAGGAGUUAAACAUGAUCCUGGAGGCUGGGGCAACUGCUGUUGGGCUUGGACCGCAUCGUCUACGAGUUGAAACUGCUACAGUAGCUCUGUUGUCAGCUUUAAUGUUGUGGGGUGACAACCAGGAAACAUCAAAGGUCUAGCAACACUAGCAGGAAAAGACUAAAAUGUGUUACAGGAUUUCUGUUUUGGUUACUGAGAUUAAGUUUCCUGGCCCCCACUUUUGAUAAACCAUUGAUCACUAGCUCAAGAGGCUGAAUUGUAAUAACAGAGGUCCAUGCUCUCGCCGAUUUAUACACUUAUUUAGAUGACAAAUAAAUAAUUAGUUAUGUUUUAGGUUGUGCUCAUAUGCUGAGGGCUCCCAAGAAAGCUGCAAUUUAGCAUUAUCAAAGAAUUCAUAAGCGAAGGCGAAAGAAGAAAGGACAAUGAUCAAUUAUUUGCUUAUUUGUGUCUGGCCUCACCCUCGCCCCAUUUUGGGAAGCCCAGUGUGUUAUCCUUGAUACAACGUUUCUGAGCUUGUCCAGCUUUACUUGUCUUUGUAAUCCCAAGUAAAAUCUGGUGGUAUUGAAUCCCGCAAAUGAUUUUGUUAACUUUUGGCCAAUUGUUAAAGUUUCGAAUUUCUACCUCAGUGGUAAGUGAUGGCGUUGAAGUCCUUUUUUAAGUUUGCGUUUGUGCUUACUUUUCUGCAAGUUAUGUAUAAACUUGUCUUCAAUACGGAGAAAGUAUAAUUUACCUGCUCUUUUA